UCACAUCAAUUUUGGUAUGAAGUCUUCUCCAUUUUUAAGAACAACAGAUUUGAGUUGGAAGAAGAUCAAAAACUAAUUAGAAUUGUUCCAAAAGACCAACAACUCAAACCUAAGAGUAGAACGAAAGAAGCUCUUCUUGGAAAAGCCGAAAUCUCAAAGGACAGUAUGAAGCAAUUAAAGGAGAAGCACCUGAAUAUUUUUAAACAAUUGCCGAACAAUAUCGAUACAUCUACCUACAAAAAGGGUUCCAGAGGUGUUGUGAUGGUUGGAGGUGGUUUCUACUCGUGGUUGUCGUAUUUGUCUAUUUUGCAAAUAAGACAUACAGGUUCCAAUUUACCAGUAGAAGUCGUCAUACCUACUUAUGGAGACUAUGAAAAGGAAAAGGACUUCUGCGAAACCACUUUAGCCAAAUUGAAUGCUAAGUGUGUUAUCCUUCCAGUCAAGUUAGGAACGGCUGUAGUCAGAGAUUGGUCGUUUAAAAGCUAUCAAUUCAAGGCUGUAGCUUUGGCAAUCUCAUCGUUUCAACAUGUUCUACUCCUUGAUUCUGACAAUGCUGUUGUUUCAAAUAUCGACAAGUUGUUUGACUCACAGGUUUACAAGAAAAAUGGUCUUAUCCUCUGGCCAGACUACUGGAGUCGAACUGUAUCCCCUCUUUUCUACGAUAUCGCUAACGUAAGUGUUGUCGAGAAUACAAGGGCUAGAUGGCACCGAUUCCCGCUUUUUUCUGAAGAGAGUCUGAUGCCAGAGGGUGAGCAGAAUUUCCAUGAAUUGAAGGGCACUUGUUCUGAUUUAUCAACUGAGUCGGGACAGCUAUUAGUGAACAAGAAGACGCAUGCAAAGAUGAUACUUCUUUCUUUAUACUACAACGUCUUCGGUAAUGAAGUAUAUUAUAAACUUUUUGGACUAGGAGAAAUUGGAGAAGGUGAUAAAGAUACUUUUAUGACAGCUGCAGUUGCAGCUGGAGCAAGCUAUUAUCAAGUUAAGGGAUACAUUCAUACAUUUGGGUACCUGGACAAAAAAGGGUAUCAUGGGAUGGCAAUGGGACAGAAGGAUCCUAUUCAAGAUUACAAUACAUGGCAAAAGGAAUAUUCAAAUAAAUUAAAGGAACUCGAAGAAAAGUAUUUUACUGGCAGUAUUAAGGGAAUCGAUUUAUUCUCCUUACAUUGUAAUAUUGGUAAAAUUGACCCAAUAAGUUACAUGAACAACGACGAUCUUAAUGAGGGUAUGAACAGAAUGAACCAUAGAAUGUAUGGCCAUUACUCGUAUAAAUCUGGUGAAAAGCAAGUAGAUUUUGAAUGGAGAAGGUGGUCAGACAUAUAUAAUGCAUUGUGUGUCAACAAGAUUAUUCCCUUUCUUUACGGCAAGGACAAGGCCAAGGACUUGGACGGGGCUUGUGAAUACAUUUCUAACACUGUGAAUUGGUUGGCCCUGACAUCAAAAACAGUUCAAACACAUUAG